GCCCGUCCUGCCUAGUACCAUUCCUUUUCCUGUCCUCAUAAAGGGACGUCUACAUCGUUAGAUGGAGUGCCCAACCAUGCCCUUACAGUUGGCUGACUUGUUUACUUCGUGUCUCCAGCACAGUUGCCCGCGCUUGUUGCUUACGCAAACUCACCCGUAACUGGGGGCAGGCCGGUCUUUAGAUUUGUAGCCUGGUAAUGGUAAACGACCAGGUUAAAACUACGGGACCAGUUGCCCAAGAACACCCCUACCCUCCAACCAUGGCGCCGUACCCUCAGGGCUUCGGUGCUACUUAUCCCGGCUAUCCCAUAUACUUUGCUCAACCCCCGGAUGCCAGUCAUGGAGACGGCUCAAAUGGCACCACCCCAGCACCACCAUUUAUGAUCCCCAUUGCUGCCGCACCUGGCAUGUUGUAUCCUUAUCCCCCUCCUCCAGGGCAACCAUAUCCGCAGAUUCAGCAACCUGUGCCUGCUGCUGCAACAAGUGGGGCACGUCCUAAGCGCAAACAAGUCAAGAUGGCGUGUACCAAUUGCGCCUCUGCAUGUAAGCGCUGCGACGAGAUUCGUCCCUGUGGGCGUUGCAUGAAGUAUGGCAUCCAAGAUAGUUGCGUAGACGGCGUGCGGAAAGAGCGGCAAAAGGGUAUAAAGCGCGGCCCUUACAAACGGAAGAACAAAGCUGCCACUGCUGAAACACCGUUCGGAGGAUUCCCAGCGGCUGGCGGCGGCGAUUCAGAAUGGCAAGCGAAUGGCGCAAGUAGUUCGAACGCCCCCUCGAGCGCAGCUCCAGCACCCGUGCACACCAUCUCUCCUUACCCUCCAGAGGCAUUUUAUCAUUGCUUCUUACCUCCAGGUUUCGCGCCGCCAGGUCAUGAAGGCGGCCCAGCACCAGACGGCACGUCCAACGGAACAAGCCAGCCAUCAGCGAUGGUACCUUAUUUCCCAUUUCCACCUCCAGGAUAUUUUCCCUUCCCUCCGGGAGUUUAUCCUUCUCCCCCGAACGGAACACAGGUGCCUACGAUGGACCCGGCAGAUGCAUCGAGAAACGCCAGUCAGCUUGCAGAAAGUGAGCGUCGUAUGGAAGCUACAGGAAAGAAGAGAUCUAAGGGUGGCAAGAAUGGAGAGUCUAAAUCGAAGAGAGCGAAGGCGGCGCCUCCUGGCAAUAAUAGUGAGACUUCAACGUCUGGCGGAACGGUCGGAGGGAGUGACCAGGCCUCUGAGCCCGGCACGAACGGUCCUGUCGAAGGUGAUGAUGCCUGAGUAACCAUUGAUCCACGCCGGGUCAUAUGGUAACUUGCUCGUCAGCUUUACUUGAGACGUUUCUCAUUUCCUGCUUCCGCGCCGCCAGCGGCCCUGUGGAUAUGUAACAUGAUCUUGAUACGGGUUUGUCUUCGCUUGCUGCAACGCAUGUAUUGCCUGAAUGUUUAUCUACUGUGAUUAUUUGUUCGAAGAGUAGUUUGGACUGUCCAGAAACGCGGAAUCCGUGAUGCGCA